CUAAACAGUGAAGGCAAUGGUCCUGGCAGCGAGUCCUGCUUUAGGAGGGAGACUUUUACACUGCUCAAAAGCUAGGCAAACACUCGUAACUGAAAUGAACCAGAGCCCUCAAGCAAUCGCCGUGGAUUAAAACGGAAACUUUUACGAUGGCUCUGAAGGUGAAAAAGUAGCACGAGAAGCAACACGCUAACCGCCGCCGCCAACGGACCUUCUACUGCAAAGCAACUCCUGGUAGAUGCACGGCCACUGCUGAAAAAAUAUGCUCCAGCCGAGCCGCCUCAACCCCGGCUUCAGUCGCAAAUUCUCAGCGUUUUAACCAGUUUCGUCAGACAUUCGCCGGCUUCUGUUUUUUUGUUACUGCAUCUUACCUACAAAGUCUGCUGUACAAGUCCCCGACCUACCUGCGAGAGAGAAUUAUGGCAGGGAAGCUGACAGCAGCGCAAGGCACAGGAAUACUGCUGGUGACAGCCAACGUUGGAUCCCUGUUCGAGGAUCCUGAAAAUCUACAGAAAACUUGGCUGAGGGAGUUUUACCAGACAGUACAGUCACAUAAGCCUCACUUCUUGGCGGUGCAUUGUCAAGAAGUGGGCGGGAAGAAUUAUGAGGAGUCCAUGUCACACGUGGACAGUUUUGUCAAGGAGCUGUUGUCCAGUGAUGCCAUGAAGGAGUACAGCAGAGCUCGCGUCUACCUCGAUGAGAACUACAAAUCCCAGGAGCAUUUCACUGCUCUUGGAAGUUUCUACUUUAUCCACGAGUCUUUGAAAAACAUCCACCAGUUUGAUUUCAAAGCCAAGAAAUUCAAGAAGGUGGUGGGGAAGGAAACCUGCUCAGAGACACUAGAAAGCACACCUUCGCUGGAGAAGGAAAAGUUUCCGCAGGAUUACUUUCCUGAGUGCAAGUGGUCCAGAAAGGGAUUCAUCAGAACUCGAUGGGCCCUGGCUGACUGUGCCUUUGACCUGGUCAACAUCCACCUUUUCCAUGAUGCUUCCAACCUGGUGGCCUGGGAGAAAAGCCCCUCAGUCUACUCUGGGACCAGGCAGAAGGCCCUUGGCUACGUUUUAGACAGGAUCACGGACCAGCGGUAUGAAAAGGUGCCAUAUUUUGUCUUUGGGGACUUUAACUUCAGGUUGGACUCUAAGCAGGUUAUUGAGAGUCUCUGCUCCACUGCCACCAUGCAGACAGUCAGAGCCGCCGACACCAAUGAAGUCGACAAGCUAAUAUUCCGAGAAAGUGAUAAUGACCGAAAGGUUGUUCUUCAGCUUGAAAAGAAGCUUUUUAAUUAUGUCAACCAGGACGUUUUCCGGGAAAACAAUGGGACCUCACUUUUAGAGUUUGACAAAGAGCUGUCCAUGUUCAAGGAUCGGCUGCAUGAACUGGAGAUCUCUUUCCCACCCAGCUAUCCGUAUAGUGAAGACAGCAAUCAGGGGAAGCAGUACAUGAACACCAGAUGCCCUGCCUGGUGUGACCGAAUCCUCAUGUCUUCCUCUGCCAGAGACCUGGUCUUAAAGCCUGAAAAUGAAGAGAAGUCUAUAGUCUAUGAUAACAUUGGGCCCAAUGUCUGCAUGGGGGACCACAAGCCUGUCUUCCUGUCCUUCCGAAUAACAGCGGGGGCAGGUAAACCUAAUGCAAAUAAGCACAAGUGUUGUGUGGUGCAGUGAUGUCGUGGGAAGUGUUGCCAAAGGGGGGAGAACAUAUUUCGUGAAGCGCCUCUGUGAGAACACCGGAGAAACAAACAGGACACCAACACACACACACACACACACACACACACACACACACACACAAACACACACAGACAUACACACACACGCACGCACACACACACACACACACACACACACACUUAAUACACUUGCACACAUACUUUGCACAAGCGUACACUGAAGAACCUAGACAAACUUUUUUCAGCAGUGCUGACCAGUCGCAGUUGUCCUGACACCUCAUUCAUAUGAAAACCCAGCCAGUUUCUCUCCAUAAAACACUUGUUGAGAUGUGGACGAGCACCCGAGGGCCCGGCUCCAGACAAGACACACAUCGCUGACCUCACCGUUGCCAUGCAACCCCAUUCCCCAGAGAAGAAAAGGAAGGACGGACGACUCUUUUCCAUGCCACAGCCUUGUUGCCAAAACUCUAAUUGAAAUCAGUUCUACUACAUACUUUUAGACACCGUACUCGCCAUUUUUAGGUAUGCCUCUAUGUAUAGAAGCUACUUUCCAUACAGUAUGUAAGGUGUUUUAAAAAAAGAAAAGUGCAAUGCAAAAAAAGUUGUAUAUCUAUAUUGUUAGAUUUAUUUGUACAUUGGACAGUAUAACAUAGAGUUGUUGAUGGUUUUAGUGCCGUUCUCUUUUCUGACCAAACGUUGUGGUCCCUUUGUUGGAAUAGAUAGAAUCUUUUCAGUUUAUUUCAACAAUUUAUAUAUAUAUAUAUAUAUUUUUUGUUUUGUUUUUGAGUUGUUGUUGUUGUUGUUGUUGUUUUGUGCACAACACACUGCCAUGCCUGACACAUCAGUUGAGUCUCAUUUUAUAUACUGUACUUUUUAAAGAGAUAAUUUAUAAUUCUUACCAAAAUGUUUAUGCUGAAGUGCGGAGACGAAGCGACUGUUUGGGUUUUCCCGCAGCAACUGUGACCUUUGAGUCGUCAGUACAAGAGGAGAAACAGAGAAAACUCUUCAGUGAUUUAUUGCCUAUCCAAGAAUGUUUUAAGCAGUGCCAUAGACCAUGCAAGUAUAUAAGAUAAUGUUUCAUAUAUAGCACUCUCACAUUAUUAUUCUUACUCUAACUUAUUUCUAUAAUAUUAUGGUUCUGAAUGUGAUAUUUUAGAUAGGCUUGGGUAUCCUUAAAAUGUAAACUUUUUUGUCUAUUUUUGUUACUGCAUUAUGGUGCCAAGUAUCCUACACAGAAAUGAAGUGUGUAAGAGUUAUAAAAUACUUAAGUCAGAUGGUAAAGGUGUUGAUUAUGACAUGUAAAAAAAAAAGAGAAACUCUAAAUGCGGGGAAAGAGCAGGAAGACGUGCUUUUUAUUUGUUUUGUAUGUAGCCUUCAGCAGCCGUCACUGCAAAUAAUUUGAGCAUUACAGGGGCGAUUGGAGACGCCAGCGUUUCUUUUUAUCGAUUUCAUUUACUACACUACAGAUUUCAGACUGUGUGAAGCUGUCAGAUUGAUCCUCCGUGAUUUUUUUUUUUUUUUUUUUCAUCUAAAUCACCGCAAGUAGAAAUGAUUUUGUGCCUGCUGCAGAAUUUAUGUUGUCUUGUGUGAUUUGGUUUGUAGGCAAAAAGUUAAAAAAAAAAGAAAAAACCCUGCUUGUUUUUGUUCCUGCUGGUCAUUGUGAGUAUACUGUAGGAGUAUAAGCCGCAGUUUUUCUUCACUCCAUCUUAUAAAAGCAGAUAGAGAUUUUAUUCUACCCCUUUUGGACGACCUGGCCUCUACUGUAGGUGAUGCAGUUCUCAAGCAAUAAAAACCAUUAGAGCUCAA